UUCAAAUUCCAUCACAUAUGUUUCGUUCACACAAUGCAGCGUCGGUAAAGGAGCUCGGAUCUUCUGUAGCCCUUAUUUGUCGUCUGCUCCCUUUGUUGACAAUCGGAUAACUUCGGCACGCUUCGCCGGACCAGCUGUUAUGCUGAACAUCUGCCGCGCUCUGUGAAAACCCAACCAACCACUGUGAAUAAAAGUAGGGACAAAUACAACAACCUUUAGUUGUGUGAUAAUUUUGAAAAGAUACAUGUGUACAUAGGAUCUGGGCUUUCGUAUGGAGCCUUUAUAAAUAACGUGCAGUAUUACUUGGGAGUUGACUUUUAAGAGGAGAAAUAUUGAAUGUCGAAGCUGCUUGAUUAUUUAACUUUUUACAAAUAUUGUUCGAUACAGAAAAGUUGAUUAUUUAAGGUCAUAAAAGGAUAAUUUGCAGAAGUUGGAAAGAUAUGACAGGAUAAUUUAACCAGGACAGUAAAUGUUGACAACUUCCACGAUGGACACUGGUCUUUCUCUUUCCACUCAGCAGACGACAAUUUCAAAACCGCACGUGAUGGAGAAUACACUGCCGUAUCAUACACCGCAUUUAGGUUACACACAACUGCAUUCAGUGCCAUAUAGUCAAGAGACUCUAUUCUCAACUUUGGUACCGGGCAAUGACUAUUUUGCUGGUUAUAUCGACUGUGCACAGGAGGCGCUGAGAUAUUUGCUAGAAGAUGAAAAACUGCCGUUGAAUCAUCCAAUGGUUGUAGGAAUACAAUUUCAACUCUACGAACACUAUAAAUUACUACAGCUUCAAUUUUUAUUUGGUAAUAAUCUCAGUUUUCACGCUGAUGGAGUAAACAAUGCUUCAAGAACAGAGGAUCAAAAUAUUACGGAAAAAGAUGAACAACCUAUAGACAAUAAGGUGAAUAUACCAGAUAAUGUUGAAUGUUCUCAACCAAGUGUGCAAUCUAGUGAAACCGGCAACGUGUCAGACAUGGGCGGCAUGAAACAAGAUGAUACUGUUGCCAGGCAACAAGGACAGAACAGUGCUAGGCAACGAGAAGACGAAAUACUUGCAAAUUCUGGGUUAUCAGAAAAUGCACAAAAGUUGGCACUAAAUCUGGCAGAGGAACUUCUUUCUCUCAUUAACGGAAGUGACGAAUCUGAUCAUGACGGAAGUUUAGAUGAAGGAUUUGAGGAUAUGGAAGAACUAUCAUAAGAUUUGUCCCCACUUACAUACCAACCUGUUGUAAAGAUUGAAACCAAAUUCAGUUGAACUCGUUUUAAAGUUCCAUUAUGCUAUGUUGUGCCGACUAUGACUAUGUUGUUGAUUUUUCAACAUCGCAUUGAAAAUGUGCUUUGUUUAAACGUUGUGCACUUUAUUUCAUCACAUUUGUUAGAUAUAUCAUUUUAAUAUUUUUACGUUCAAUAUUUAAAGCUGCACUCUCACAGAAUGACAGUUUUAAAAUGUUUUUCUUCAAAUUCAGCUAAUUUUGGUAUCAAUGCCUUCAACCCUCAAUAGACAAGAUCUCAUUUUUUGGGGAAACUGUCGAAAAUUUCAUUUGUCUUAAAACAUGAGUAACGCUUCUUUCCAUAAAUUUCAUUUUCCGAACGAAAAUAUGAAAAACUGCGACCUGAUCUUUUGCCAGCAGUCCUGUAUUCUCUUGUUCCAGACAUUUUACCAAAAAAUGGCUCAUUCAAAAACAAAAACAAAUGAAAAAAAUAAAAAUAAAUACAAGUUGUGAAAACGGUCAAUCUGUGAGAGUGCAGCUUUAACACACGUUGACCAAACAGUAUUCUGUAUUCUCUUUCCUUCGAUCUCAUCCUAUCUUUUACAGCAGAUCUGUUUUCUCACCCAUCUUCCAUCUGUUCUAUCUAAUUUAUUUGAUAUAUUUAUAUCACUAAGAUUUCAUAUUGUUAAAAACAUGUUUAUAUCUUUUUACUUGUUGUCAUAUUUAUUGAAAUGUCUCGUGGCGAAUU